AUCAAUACCAUGACAUUAGAGACGGUAGUGUAGGGAAAGUGUUGUGAUUCUUGUGAAUCUGAAAAAGUUUUACAAGCAAGAACUAGAAUCGCGAAUAUUAUUUGAAUUAUUCUCAAUGUCUUAGAUCAUAUACUGUUAUCCAGUGCAAAAUUACAAUGGCCGUGGCACUUUCUGAUGAUGAAACGAUUGUUGUUCCAUCAUCACUUUCUUUCAUUUCGUGCACAAGUUUGUUGUCAAAAAGCCAACGUCUACUAUUAGGGUUACUCCUGCUUCUUUUUGUCGAUGUCAUUUGGGUACUUUCAUCAGAGUUGACAAAAUAUAUUUUUCAAAAUGCAGAAUAUGACAAGCCCUUCUUUACUACCUAUUUCAAAACAAGUUUCUUCAUGAUUUAUUUGACUGGAUUUAUUUUUGCCAAGUCUUGGAGAGAACAGUGUGUUGGACAUUCAUCAGAGUAUCAGCAACUAAAGCAAGAUGUGAUAGAAGACCCAGAAGAUCCCUCAUCAGUGCUUAGUGGACCGGUAUUUGUUCCAAUGAAAAGUGGUGAAGAGCCUGGACAACCUAUUGUUAUUAAUGAAAAUACUGAAGAGAGCAGUUCAAGAUCCGUUCGAUUCAAUGGAGUCGUUGAGGUCCGAGAGUUGUCACCCAAUGAGGCUGUAGACGCUUUGAUGGCUCGGUUAUCGUAUUCCGCCUCAAUCAGAGCUGAAGUUGCCACUCGGCGGUGCGCUGAAAAGCUUUCGUCUUUGGAAACGAUGAAAGUUGCGGCUACAUUUUCGCUCUUGUGGUUUUUAGGCAACUACAGCUAUCAAGCUGCUCUGUCACAUACAGAAGCUGGCCUUGUGAAUGUAUUAUCAUCCAGCAGCAGUCUGUUUACCCUCCUGCUUGCUGCUUGCCUACCUUCUGGCACGAGUGAUCGAUUCACUCUCACUAAAUUCAUCGCAGUUGUUUUCAGUAUCGCUGGAGUGGUUCUGGUUAGCCUUUCAGAUUUAAAAGUAGAGCAGUCUAUUCCGGUGGGUGCAGGAUGGGCCCUAGCCGGUUCUAUGUGCUACGCUGCCUACUUGGUGCUUUUGAAACGACGAGUAGAUCAUGAAGAUAAAAUGAGCAUUCCUAUGUUUUUCGGCUUCGUCGGACUUAUCAACACUGUUGUCAUGUGGCCAACCUUCUUUAUCCUUCACGCAACCAAACUGGAAGUAUUCGUGUGGCCGACUCAGCAACAGUGGCUAUAUAUUGCUCUUAACGGACUUAUCGGCACCGUUCUCUCAGAGUUCCUAUGGCUAUGGGGUUGCUUUCUGACGUCAUCGCUAAUUGCUACCUUGGCCAUGAGUCUGACUAUUCCCCUGUCUAUGCUGGCUGAUGUAGCUGUCAAACACAUUUCCUAUCCCUUCUUGUUCUAUAUCGGUUCCAUCCCAAUGUUUCUCAGCUUUUUUGCAGUCACCCUUUUGUCACACUGGGAGGAAUGGGAUCCCGUUGCCCAGUUACUUAACCGGAUCGUGGAUUCCUGCCGCUCGCGUAAUAGAAGCCGGUCUAUGGACUACACUGACGACGGAGAGCAGCGCGAGUCCCUAAUCGAUCAACCCGAAUCCUCCUCGGAAUAAUAACAUUCCAACACUUCCGCUUGAAAUGUUCUCAAGCUACCUAGUCAACAUCUCGCCAUCCAUUUGUUACGCUCACGCAUUUGAAUCAUUUGUCUCAAUGACGCUCGGUAAGAGGUAGAAAGAUAUUCUCGACUGACACAUUCCCUUCUUGCGUCUCAGUUCGAUUAAUUUGCACAGAAUAGGACAAAUUUCCCGAUGA